UCUCUUGUCUUAGAAGAACAUUAUUCAGAGUCACAAUGGAACGAUUCGUUGUAACAGCACCACCUGCGCGGAAUCGGUCUAAGACCGCAUUGUAUGUGACCCCUCUGGAUCGCGUCACUGAGUUUGGCGGUGAGCUUCAUGAGGAUGGAGGAAAACUCUUCUGCACUUCCUGCAAUGUGGUGUUGAACCAUGUCCGCAAGUCUGCCAUUAGUGACCACCUCAAGUCAAAGACUCACACGAAGAGGAAGGCAGAGUUUGAAGAGCAGAAUGUGAGAAAGAAGCAGAGGCCCCUGACCGCAUCCCUUCAGUGCAACAGUGCUGCGCAGACAGAGAAAGGCAGUGUCAUCCAGGACUUUGUGAAAAUGUGCCUGGAAGCCAACAUCCCCCUGGAGAAAGCUGAUCAUCCAGCAGUCCGAGCGUUCCUGUCUCGACACGUGAAGAACGGAGGAUCCAUACCUAAGUCAGACCAGCUGAGGAGAGCGUAUCUGCCUGAUGGAUAUGAGAAUGAAAAUCAGCUCCUCAACUCACAAGAUUGUUGACAAGGCAGUUAUGACCGUUGUGAUCAAGAUAAAUAAUGUGGAGUAUUAAAGUUAUGUGUUGAUUGUGUGGUUCAUUUUUAUAUUUAUUUCAUUUAAAAUCAUGUGAUACAGAAUAGUUUUGCAAUGUGUAUAUAGUUGCAGGCAAAAGGAAAAAAAAAACCUCACUGCAAAA